AUGUUCGUUCAUUUACAGGCGAUGUUCCAAUGGGUGGUAUUUAAAUGGCACCUCUCUGAAGGGCGCACAGAACGCGCGCUUUGCGCUGCUGCCGCUAAUCCCGCUCCUCACGCUCGACAGGCAGCUGCCGCUAUGCUACUCACUACGCUCGCGGAGCGUAAGGAACUUGACGCGCUGGUUCGCUGUGCGGCGUUAGCGGGUGAAGCUGAACGUGCGGCGGCAGCUCGAGCCAAGCUACACGACGCUCACACGCACAACCCAUACUAUGACUUUCUCUACUCACUGUAUCUGUCGAGAGGGCACUUUCGAAAAGCGGCUGCUGUAAUGUAUGAAAGGGCUACCCGUUGCGCCAGCGAACGGGGCGGUACGGAGUUACGUCGUCGGUACAUCGCGGCCGCUCUUACAUGCUUGCGAUUGGCCAGCCCUCAACACGCGUUCCUGGCACGGCCACAUACGAAAGGACACAAUGCUACGCCACAGGUAAUAGGCCCAGAAGAAUUGGCGGCUGAACUACGCGAAGGUGACAUAGAAGCGUUAGAUCCAGUUCAACAGGCUUUAAAAAAGUCAGAGCCCAUAGAUUUUGACACAUUAUACCCAAAAUUAAAGGAUGCCGAUCGAGAGACAUUGUUAGCAGUAACAAAGAGAACGAUUAGCACGGGAUACUUUCUACCACGUUGGUUUCUACAAAGAUUUAUGGAUGUGGAUGGUCCUUGCUGUGUCCGCGCUCUUCUUAGUGGCGGGCGACUUGUGGAAGCAGGCGAAGCUUGCGUGGAUGCAAUGCGAGCUGCGCUUGUAUCGUUGGGACCCACCCACCUUACUGCAGCACCAUUAGCCCUAGCAGACUUGCUGACUGCGGAAUUGCAUGACCAUUUACAUCAUGAACCUUCGAAACAGAUAUAUGAAGAAUUACAGAAAUUAGUUGAAGAAUAUAGUGAAGUCGUAGUUCGAACUUCAGAUGAUAUGAAAAAUAUUCAAAUAAAACAUCCUAUAGUAAACUGA